AUGUCUCGAACUACUGACGAUGAAGAUCCUGGACGAAGACGACAGGGUGUGGUGUCAUCUGCACAACACCUUCCUUCUCCCCACUCCGACCCCAACACAGAUCCAGACGCAGACGGCAAAGGUGAUGCGGAUGUAGACGCAGAGUUGAGAGAAGCAGCUGAUGCUGCUGCUGACCACCGCAGUGCGUCUUCAGCUGGCAUGAAGGAGGAAGACAUAGAAGUUAGAGAGUAUCCCCCCUCUGGUUCUCCGGUACCCCCACAUGCACUCGGCAGCAUCGACAGAGCAUUGACGCUUUCCCACUGCUCGGGGAUCUUCGGGCCAUCGCUUCGCCCGCUGUUUGGUGAUAGCGACACCAUUGGUUACCACAUGGUAUUCCAAAACACGAACCUACCUCUGUUCAAUGUCGCUUCUGAAUCACCUGGACCGGCUACAGACUAUUAA